ACUUGAAAUAAAAUAUACGCAGGACGAAUAUUAAAAAUGAAAAAUGUAAAUAUGUGAUGCAUCAUAAAUUCAGGGACUUUCCCUUUCACCAAAGUCUAUAAUGACUGGCUAUCCUGAUGAUUCUUUGUUUCAAGCAAUCAAAUCAUUGAUCCAAAAUAGCAUAUACUGUCGGAUGUGACAGACAGUAAUCAAUGCCAAUUUCAGAAGUGUUUUCACAGCGAAGUUCGUGGAGUCGCUCUCGUUCAUGUUCUUAGUUAACUACAAAUUGCUCUCGCCAACUUGCUUCUCCGCAGCACCCACGGUGAGCGCUUAUUUUAAUCGAUGGAGAACGUAAAUGUGAAGUCUGUGAAGUCUAAGGAACUUACAUGUUGAUGCAAGUCGAUCUCGAAAGGAAAACUACAUCGAUCAUACUUCAUGUCAUGAAUCGAACAACAAAAUUGCUUGAAAGAUCUUAGAAAUCUGACAAGAGGAAGCCAUUGUCACUUGAAGGAAGUAUAGACAUUUCAUUUUCCAUUCUGGACAACAGAAACAGAUUCAGAAAGCUUUCUAGCGACGUGACCCAAGAGAAACUUUCCGAAUAUGACAACCAAACACAAACAACCCAAAACUGCACACUCAGCAACUGUGACAGAUUCAGUUCCCAACGAGACUGGAGCAACGGGUCACCACUCAUCUGUUUCCGACCAGAUAUUAUUCAUUUUUCCUGACAAUGACCUCACCCCAACAAUUGCACAAGCAAGAAUCGACACGAAUUCUAAAGCAAUGGACUUGAGUCUUGCCAACUGCAACCUUGCUGUCUGUGGCCAACCUGGCACUGUACAUCAUUCUGAUUGUCACUUGCUCAGCAAAAAUCGAGGCGAAGGCGAUCUGAGGCAAGCAGAUAGCUACGUUAAACAAAUACAGCCAAUGGAAGCAGAAGCGGACAGUACAGUGCAGUGUUUAAGUAGACCAACUGUCUCUGAAGAGGAAAGUCAGCAGAAACCGAGCAAUUCAUCUGGUGAAAUGAUACUGGAUGUUGAGCCAUCAAUACCUGUCGUGAGAAAGCAAGGUUUCCUUAAUGGACCGCAAUGUGAGGAUGUCCUCAAACACCUUGAGCUUUUACAGGACAGUGGAGCGUUUGAGCACCAUGAGCGCAUUUUUAAUUUCUACCUUCAACGAUUUGUUGAAAAAGUCAGCAAAGGCAUGAAAGAAAUAGCAAACGAACAACAAAUUCCAAAUGGAGAACACUGCAACCAAGUGCUCAAGAGGUUUCAACUUUUCCAGCAAAACGGACAGCUAAAAAAGGAUGAGCAACUGUCCUCUCUGUACUCGACACUUUGUACAAAAAAAGAGUACGCUGACAUGGAAUUAGCCUUAAUAAUUGAGCAAGGAGUAUCAUACUGGCUCCACAAACAACUCAGCAAAAGCAAGCUCUACUUCAUUUCAGUCAUAAAACUCGCCGAGCAUUGUCAGCUACGAAAUCCGAACAUUUUAAUUGCAAGAGCCUAUUUUUUACUUGCAGCCAACUAUAGUUCUAGGGCUAGGAAGACCAGGAAAGUUUCAAGCGCUUUGGAAUGUCUAAAACGAAGCGAGGCGUUACUACAAAAUCACGAGUCACCCGAGGACUGGGCCGAAAUGUACUGCACUUUAGGCUCUGUCUGGUUAGCUUACAUGAGCAUGGUCCCGGAUGACGACAGGAAUGCUAAGCCGCGAAAGGAAACGCAAAGAAAAGCAAAAAAUUGCUAUGAACGGGCGAUUGCAAUCUGCAAGAAAGACCCCCGCUCAAGGGUUCAACAAAAAAAGCUAACAUAUUGCCACCUUGGUCUUGCAGCCCUCUUACUUGAUUGCGCUUCAACUGUCGCUCGAAGUCGAAUAAAAGUAAUUCCAUCACAAGAUCUCAAAGAUGCGACAAAACACCUUGAUAUUGUAGAGUACGAACUUGGUAACAUUCCUCGAGGUACACGCGUGCAGGUUUUGAAAACGCGUUCUGACCAAUACUAUCGUCAAGGACCUGAAAUGUAUCAACUGGCAAAAGAAACUGCCCAGGAUGCUUUGCAAAUGGCACGCCGCCAUGGAUUUAACACCGAACUGGAGUCGCUUCAAGAGCAAAUUGAUUUUCUCGAUCAGUUGUGCGAAGACACAUUGUGUAAAGAAAGAAUUAAGCUGCUUGUUGAUGGCGAUACCUCAACUUCUGACAGUGACUCUAGAUUUGAAACAAGCUGCAGUGAACCCGACGAGAAUCAGAACUCGCUGUAGUUCUGGGUCGAAACCGGCAGCCAUCAAAAUCAGUCCCAGUAAGGUUUCCGAAAAUAUGAUCGUCCUACAAACUUGAUAUAAGAUCAUGGACACAAAAUGCAACAAUACUUUCCACCCUUCGGUAGUCCUUAAUAAAACAAUGAUUCAGAUACAGGAAUAUCAUAAAUACGCGUACGUGUAGUAAGGUUGUUGUUAAUUUUGAAGUUUUGUAUUAUCUAAUAAACAAUAAAGUUCCAAAGUAACAAGUCUAUCAACAGUAUUUUGGCAGCUUUUCCUUGCUGUUUGCUACUUGAGUACCUUUACAGCUUUUCAGCCGGGAAUCUACUUAAGCCACAUUUAAAACGCGUCAAUGAAAGACAGCGGAAUUUGAAGUGGUUAGAUAACUCAAUUAUGGAAAAGGGAAUUUACCUUUCAAGGUUUUGGAAACCUUUGUAUAUUUGUUCGUUUUUGUACAGUUAUUUAACUUGCAAAUAUGAAUCACGAAUAGUCUUAGCGUCACUUCGGUUUCACUGCAAGGGUAUAGCUAUAUAGAUAUUCUGCUUCGCCGAGGGAAAAAGACAUCGUUUUUCUCCUAUUGGCUCUGCUUCCAGCGAAAAAGAAUUCAAAACACGUUAGGACACUGAGUUGUGAAAGACUUUUUUGUCCACGUGGUACAUGCAGCGGCUUUGAUACAAGUAUUCUAAACACUGAAUCCUUGAGGUUAUUUCAACGCAUAUCAAUAAGCAGGAAUCCGACUUUCUCGGAGACUAAAAUAUCUCGGAAGUUCCAUGGUAUGUUGUUGAUGACCAACAAGACCGAUAAUACCGAUUAAAAGUGGUCAUUACA